GAACUCAGGAUGAGGUUCGAGGAGAUCUUGGACGAGAUCGGCGGCUUUUCCACCUUCCAGUUCCUGCUCCUGACCAUCCUCUGCCUGCCCCGGGCCAUCCUGGCCCUCCACUUCCUGCUGCACAACUUCAUCUCCGCCGUCCCGCCGCACCGCUGCUCCCUCGGGAGCCCGGGGGAAGGGGACGGGGACGGGGGGGGAGGCUGGGGGCUCGACCCGGAGACGCUGGGCCUCAGGAUCCCGCAAAACAAGGACGGCUCCUUCAGCUCCUGCAGGAUCUACGAUUCCAGCAACCAAAGCCAAGCAAACAGGAGCAUAGUCUGUCCCAAUGGAUGGGUCUACGACCAAUCACAGUUUAGCUCCACAACUGCCUCGGAGUGGGACCUGGUGUGUGGCGACAAACAUCUGAAUCAAGCUCUGGCCACCUACUUCUUCCUCGGGGUCACGUUUGGAGCCAUCGUGUUUGGACAGCUCUCUGACAAGUUUGGUCGGAAGUCGAUGCUCCUGGUGGCUUUGGUUGCCACCACCGUGCUGGGAACCGCCUCCGCCUUCUCCACCUCCUACGUCAUGUUUGCCGUGUCCAGAACGCUGUGCGGAAUGGCCCUCAGUGGGCUGUCCAUCAUCGGGGUGGUGCUGGGUAUCGAGUGGACGGACAUAAAGCACCGGACCUUCACUGGUACGAUCAUGAGCUUGUCGUGGAGCGUGGGAAACAUGCUUCUGGCCCUGCUGGCCUACUUCAUCCGAGACUGGAGGCACCUGACGCUGGCCGUGACGGCGCCCUGCAUUGUUUCCAUCAUUUCCUGGUGGUGGCUGCCAGAAUCAGCCCGAUGGUUGCUGGUCAACGGCAAAACCGAGAAAGCCAAGAAGUAUCUGGUUGAAUGCGCUAAAAUAAAUAGAAAGGAUGAAAACACACCCAAACUGGACACUGAGGUUCUGAGGAAGGUAACGGUGUCUGAAGUUGCGGAAAAGAACCACACCUACCUGGAUCUGGUCAAAACCCCUCAGCUCAGGAAAAUCACCCUCUGUUCUGGAUUGUUCUGGUUCGCCGUUGCCUUUCUAUACUACGGGAUCAGUUUCAAAAUCUCCGGGUUCGGGGUCAGCAUCUACCUCACUCAGUUCAUCUACGGUGCCAUCGAAGCCCCGGCCAAAAUCCUCACCUUCUUUGUCCUGGACUGCACAGGGCGACGGAACGGUCAGGCGUGGUUUCUGAUCACGACCGGAGCUCUGAUUGGGAUCAACACGGCCAUACCUUUAGAGUUCUCUGUGCUUCGUACUUGCAUUGCCGUGGUGGCUAAGGGCUUCUCUGAGGCAGCGCAGUGUGGAAUAGGCUACACGUCGUGCCUCUGUCGAAUCGGAAGUUCCCUGGCUCCCAUGGUCAUGCUGCUGGAGGAUGUGUGGCUCCCUCUGCCCCCCGUCAUCUUCGCCGGGACCGGGAUCGUCAGCGGCUGUUUCGUUUUCCUGCUCCCGGAAACGCUCAACGUCCGACUGCCUGAAAACAUCUUGGAUGUGGAGGAAGGAAGGUACAUACACAGAAAACGGAGCUUCUGUGUUUUAGCAUCGUCCACCCCGUCACGUAUGGUUUCGGUGCGACGUGUGGACCUCACGCUGGGGCCCUAA